GUAAAUAGAGCUAAUGCACAUGUUAUUGAUCCGAAAACUCAAACGAUUGAAGGACAAAAGUAGCCUACUUAGUUGAACAAUGACUCAUCUUUUAGGUCGUCAGGACUGUAUCGACAGUCUUCGCAGAGAUCUUAUUGAUUUACAGGGAGCGGUUUUGGAUGUUUUUUCUAAGACUGGACCAGUCCGUUUUCCAUCAUGGAAGUUUCCCGAUAAACUAUCAUGUAAUCUGGACUUGGUCAGCCUUUUAGAAGAGUAUGAUUAUGUGGAUGGCGAUGAAGAAUUCAGUCAGCACUCUCAUAUAGUCCUGCAAGAGUUGGUGAUUGACAGAAUAAUGCUUCUCCUUCAGAGUUUUAAUGUUCAUGCUGAGCUGUUGCUUGAAAAGCAGAGAGCUUUAUCGCCUGAACAAAAUGAAAUCUCUGUUUCCAUUGGUCCUGUGGUUAAACGCUACUGGAAGAACCUACUACAGCUCAGCAGUCAACAAACACAAGAGAGCACCAGUAAUGCACAGCAACCUCCAUCUCAACAAAGUCCAUCUAUUACCAGAACAGCGGCAAACACUACUACUACCGAUAAUACACACAAAACACAGAGCACCUCCAUGACCAGCAUCCAUAAAACCACCACAAAUACCCCAGCUUCAACUCCCCACCAUGGGAGAGCAUCCACUGCUGGCUCCUGUGUGUCUACUCACACCGUGGGCUGUCAGACAGCAGAGUCAGCCCUGGUGCCCUGUGAGGCCUGUGCUUGUGUUCAGGUGGUUAUGAAGGACAGCAGUGGUACUUUAGUGUCACUGUGCCAGUCUUUGGGUUUGCCUUGCUCAAUGCAGGGCUUCCUGGAAGCUGUGGAGGAAACGCAGCAGCUGGGCCGCUUGUCUGCAUGUGACAUUUCCCAAUGGGCAAGUGAGCAGAGUAGGGAUAUGAGCCGUGUGGGAAAACAUGUCCUGGAGGUGAGAGAAACUGUUGAACCACUGAAAAAGAGGUUGAAAGAAACAGAGAUGGAGCGAGAGAAGGUGAGAAAACAAAUAGCAGAGAUGGUUAAAAGAGAGAAGGAGGAAAGGAAGAAGAUGGAGGAGGAGUGGGAGUGCAGAAUGAAGGAAGUGAAAUUCACGGGAGAGGAGGCAGUAAAGAGGUUAAAGGAGGAGAAGGAGGAUUUAAAGAGAGGCAUGACAUUGUUAGAGGACCGAAACUGUAAACUCAUGGCAGAACUGAAUUUGCAAACAGAAGCAAAACAGAGACUUGAAUAUGAGAGGGCUACACUACAGGAGGAGAUUCAUUGUCUAUAUUCACUGGAGAACAAGUUAAGAGAAGUAGAGGAGAGCAGGCAAAAUCUGGAGAAGGAGCUCAGAAGUACACAGACACUGCUGGACAAAGAGUGUGCCAAGAACCAGAGUGUGCAACGCCAACAUGAGGCGCUUCAAGUGAAACAGGCAGCUCUGCGUAAACAUCUGGAUGUGCUGGUUCAGCAGACUGAAGAUCUACACAGCAGUUUGGAACAAUGUGAAGAUGAAAAAGCUGAUCUUGCCAACAAACUCACACAUAUCAUACAAGAAAAAGACGUACUUCAGGAGCAACUCACACAGCAACAGUCCCACUGUAGUUUGCUGAGUACUGAGAAAAAGCAGCAGCAGACACAGAUCACAGAAAUGGAGGAGAGAAUGUCUCGACUGAAAGAGGUGCUAGAAGAAGCCACCCAGAGAGAAAGGAUACUGGUUGCCUUUCCUGAGCUCAAUCCAGAAGCAGCACCUCAGACUACAGGUGAUGUGAUGUGUGACAUGGAGCAGCAGCUGAAGGCAAACUCAGUGAGGAUCAGGAUUCUGCAGCAGGAGAACUUCACUCUGAGUAACAGUCUAGCCAGACUGAGGGACAGAGAGGAAAAACAAAGAUCUUCAGACUUUGGUAUAGUUGAGAUGGACAGGAGCAGUCAAGCCCCAAUGAUGGAUCACUUGGACAGCUCUAGCACUCCUUUAACCACCUCCACCCCCUCCUCCCCUUCAUCCAUUCUUCAUCAUCAGACUCUCUGCCUCUCUCUCCAGCAAGAUGUAGAAGAAAGAUACAUGAACAUUCGUCAGGCUGCUCGCAUCCGUUCUGCAGCCACACGUCGCAGGAGGAAGUGAAAUCACUUAAUGAUCUUAUAAGUCUGAACUCUGGAGCACUAUAAUAGAUAUAAUAUUAUAUAAAUCAGUAGUCUGGAGAUUGAGAUACCAAUGUAACAUUUGUGUUGUUCAUCUGUAUUAUGUUGACCCUUACAAUGGGCUUUUUUUACAUGCUGUAUAAAUGAAAUGUAUGAACUAAAUCCAAGCUUGGAGAUACACACGCACACACACACACGUUGUGUUUACAUGUUUUAUGGGGACAUUUCAUAGGCGUAAUGGUUUUUAUACUGUACAAACCCUGUUUUCUAUCGCCCUACACCUACCCUAAACCUAAACCUAGCCCUCACAGGAGACUGUGCACACUUUUACUUUCUCAAAAAAACUCA